AUCAGCUAAUGUACAUGGUUCAACUCAUAUUAUAGUUACACAAUGGUCUGGGUCAUUUGUCUGUAAUAGUUAUAAUUACUGUGUAUAAAUAUGAUCUACUUUGACAGUUACCUACAGUUAUCGAACGUCAUGUUAUAACAGAAAAGUAUUCUCAAUUAUAAUAGUAAACAAAUACAAGUGUGAUAGAAAUGACUUUAUUUCCAAAAUUUAUUUAUUAUUUUUCAAUUUCUUUCUUGAACACUUUAGAAUUAUAUAAAUGCACUUAUAUUCCAGAUGCUUCAUUGAGCGUGCCAAAAAUUAUUAAACGCCAUGGUUAUGCAUCUGAAGCCCAUAUUAUUAAUACAGAAGAUGGUUAUUUAUUAGAAGUCCAUAGGAUACCCAACAAUAACAAUAUUAGGAAGUAUCCAAUAUACUUACAACAUGGGGUAUUAGCCAGUUCUGCCGAUUGGGUGAUUAGUGGACCAAAAAAUUCUCUGGCUUAUCAACUUUCUGAUCAAGGUUUUGAUGUGUGGCUAGGAAAUUCUAGAGGAAACACAUAUUCUCGUUCUCACGUUAGUAUUGAUCCAGAAAAUGAAAAAUUCUGGAACUAUAGUUUUCAUGAAAUUGGUUAUUAUGAUUUACCAGCAACAAUUGAUUAUAUACUGAACUAUACAAAUCAAAGUCAGUUAAUCUACAUAGGACACUCAAUGGGCACUUGUGUAUUUUUUGUUAUGUGUUCUACUCUACCAGAAUACAAUGACAAAAUAAGAAUGCAAGUCAGUUUAGCACCAAUAGCUUAUGUCAAAAACAUGAAAUCGAUGUUAUUUUCUUUAGUGCCUUAUGCGGAUCAGAUAAAUAAAGUGGCAAGUUGGAUUUCUAAUGGAGCAUUCUUACCACAAAAUACUGUCAGUAAGUUGGUCAAUAAGUAUUUAUGUGGAGAAAAUGCAGCUACAGAAGCAAUGUUAUGUAAAAAAUAUCUUGUAUAUAAAUUAUUUGGAGAUGAUCCAGUACAAUUUAAUGCUUCUCUCUUGCCAGUCAUAUUAGCUCAUAAUCCAGCUGGUUCAUCAGCAAAAACAUUAAUGCAUUUUGCACAAGAAAUAAUUUCUGGAAACUUUCAACAAUACGAUUACGGAAUUGAAAAUAAUAUUAUAAUUUACAAUUGUACACAUCCACCAAUUUACAAUUUAAGCAAUGUUAUAGCCCCGACAUACUUUUAUUACUCAAAAAAUGAUUACCUUUCAGAUCCUAAGGAUGUUAUGGAAUUAUACACUCGCCUGCCACAUCGAUUGGGAAUUCAUUUAAUUAAUUAUGAAAAGUUUAAUCAUAUUGAUUUUAUGUACAGCCGUAAUGUCAAUGGUUUACUAAAUAAAUACGUAAUUGACUCAAUAAUUCAAGCUGAUAAACCUUAUUGGAUUCCUCUUUAUGAUAAGGACACUAUUUACAACAUUACAGAUCAAUAUUUUAAAUGCAAAAAUAAAGAUCAUUUUAAAGUAGAACAAAGACAAAAGGAUGAAAGUAUAUGGGAAAAAAUAACAAGCUUUUUAAAACAAAAAUCACAGUUCCAUCCAAUAAUUAAAACUAAAAUUGAUGAACAAAAACAAAAUACUAAUCAUUAUAGUUCAUGGAAACAAAGUUUUAAUGAAUGACGAAGUAUGCAUUUAUAUUUGUCUAAAAUUUAUAUUUUUUAAAAAAAUUAUUUUUGAAGUAUAUACAACUUAUAAUUAAAGUUUUACAUUGUAAACAAUGUAAAUUUGUCAAUUUUAAUUCUUAGAGUUAGUAUCUUGAUCUCGACCUGUAAAUAUAUAUGUUUAAGAAUAAGUAAAAUUAUGUAAAAUAUAUGUUAUUAUAUUACAAUAUUAUACUAAAAUAUUUUUAAUUGCAACAGUUAAAUACAUACCUAUAUCCAUCUCGAUCACGUUUACUACUACUACCACGUUUUGGACUUCUAGAAUAGCUAAAAAAUAGCAUAAUUAAAUUAUUCAACUGUUUUAUUUUAAGUUAAUUUUAUAAAAAUAUAUAUAUUAUUUAUUAUGUUUGAUAUAAAUUAAUAUUUUUGCAAUAAUUAAUAAUGUUAAUAAAAAUUUACCUCCUUCUGUAGCUGUCUUUACGACUCGAAUAUGGUGACCUACAAAUUAAUUUUGUUUAGAACAAAGUCUAAUGAUAAUUUAAAUGACAUUAAUAAUUAAUAUUUAAUAAAUGAAAUAUACCGUUCUCUUGAACUCUUAUAACUUGAUUUACGUUCAUAGUCUUUAUCACGACUCUCUCUAUGGGAUCUAUCUUUACGAUCAUUACGGUCACCUCUUUCUCUUGAUCUUACUGUAUCAGGGUAAUCUCUAU